GGUCACUUGGGAUCCGGGGCCAUCAGUCCACUGUUUGUACGGAAUAGAAAGCCUAUACCUAUCUAUACCUACCUACAUAAGAGUGCAUGUCCCCUCCUUUGCCCUUCACCCUUCCUGCCCCUUUCUGCAAAAGAGAACAAGCCUCUAUUUUUACUCUCUACACCGGACCGUCCCCGGCCUGCUCAUAGACGAUCUAGUGUACCUGGGCACAGUUCUCCGUUCCAGUCCAUCUUCACAAGGCCAAGACCAUUGAACUAUAACGUGACCUCACUCGACCCCUCGCCCGCCAUGGCUGACGCUCCCUUCUCUUUCCUCCCCCUGGGUGCCAUCAUCCAGACCUUCAAUGUAAAAGGCAUCAACAUCGUCCAGGGAUUUCCGAACCAGGAGCUCUACGAGCAGCACAACUCGCCGUUCUUCGGCGAGACCAUCGGUCGCAUCGCCAACCGUAUCAAGGACGCCAAGAUCGAUGCUCUGAACAUCGGCAAGACAUACACCCUCGCCGCCAACAACGGCCCCAACCACCUCCACGGCGGCGUCAAGGGAUGGGGCAAGCGUGUCUGGGAGGGCCCGGUUCCCGUCGGCGUCCGCAGCAUCCCGGGCGUUGAAGGCCUGCAGGGCGGCGAGAGCGUCCAGUUCACCCUUCGCAGCGAGGACGGCGACGAGGGCUACCCGGGAACCGUCGACACGACGGUUACCUACACCACCGGCACCCAGACCACGGCGGACGGAAAGACGGCCACCGUUCUGGGCAUCGAUUACGAGGCUAAACUCGUUGGCGACAACGUGGACGAGACGGCUAUCAACCUAACGAACCACUCCUACUUCAAUUUAACCGGCGGCCCCACAAUUGAGGGUACCGUCGUCACCCUCGCGACCGACAAGUACCUCCCCGAUCCCGACAUUGACGACUGCUUCGUCGUCAACGAGGCGGCCGGGUCCGUGCCGCUCGACACCCGCGGCGAGCCCCUGAAGACGCUCGUCCAGGCCUACCACCCCGCGACGGGCAUCCACCUCGAGGUGGCGAGCACGGAACCCGCCUUCCAGUUCUACACGGGGAAGUACAUCGACGUGCCGGCCGUGGGCGGUUUUCCGGCGCGGGGCAAGCGGAGCGGAUUCUGCGUCGAGCCCAGCCGCUACGUCAACGCCAUUAACGUGGAUGAGUGGAGGAGCCAGUCGUUGGUGAAGAAGGGGGAUGUGUACGGUGCCAGGAUUGUCUACAAGGCAUGGAGCGACUAA